UCUUGCCGUAUCUACCUUUGCAACCUACACUUAGGUUACCUAUCCAUUCAGCCAUAUUUUCAGCAUAACAAAGGUAAACAAAAUAGCUGCAUAGCAUAGCAUAGAAGAACCAGAACUGCAAAACAGAAGAAAAAAAAAAGUGUCCAAAAAUGAUUCAUUCAUUAUGCACUAACCCGUGAGAGAAAGUAACCCAAAUACAGACAAAUUUUCCAUCUCCCAAAUACAAACAAUCUGGUGGCCGGCUACUUCACAUGCCACCAAAAUCCACAGGUUCUCUCUCUUUCUCUCUCUAUCUUGAUCUCUUAUAUCAGACACAUCUCUCUCACUCUUUCUCUUUCCUUACCAAGCAAAACUCAGAAGAAAAAAAGAGGUUUUUUACAGUGCAUAUCUGCUAAAGCCUGAUCACUUUUUCAAGAACCGUCUCUUUUGCCCAAUUUGACUUCAAAUAUGUUUUUUCGGGAUAUGAGUUUAUUCAUGAUCAGUCCCUUUUAUAGCAUCAAACCAUAAUAUUAUUAUCCCCACUCACUAACUUGUAACGUCCUUUUUCUUUCUCUCCUUUGAUUCAUGUGCACAUCUUCUCCCAUAAACCCUACUCCAACAACUGGAUCCUUUCCAAACAACUAUUAUAUAUUCAUCCAUUCACCAUUCACCAUGCCUUUAAUUUCGCUACCGCGAUAUAAAGGAUUUUUAAGUGUCUGCAACUGAACCGAACCAAACCAAAUCAAACCGCAAUUUUCACUUCAUCUUAUGAAAUAUAAAGUUUUGUGAUAAGUUUCAGUUUUUCAUUUAUUUUCGUUUCUAUAAUUUUUCUAUCUCUCUAUGACGCAAUUUACACCUUCACUACCUUAUAUGCUUUCAAACCCUUCUUCUUCCAUGAACAAAAACAAUCAAAUACCAACUAAACCAUGGUUCCCAACUUCCAAAGCCUUAUCAACCUUUGGUGACACGAAUUGCAUGGAACAGUUACUUGUUCAUUGUGCAAACGCAAUCGAAACCAAUGAUGUAACACUUGCUCAACAAAUCCUUUGGGUUCUCAACAACAUAGCACCGCAAGAUGGCGAUUCAAAUCAACGCUUAGCAUAUAGUUUCCUUAGAGCUCUUACCAACCGCGCAGCGAAAACCGGUACCUGUAAAAUGCUAGUAGAACAAGUUUAUUCAAGCGCUCAUAACAAUCUUACAGUAGAUACACACAGGUUCUCGGUGAUUGAACUAGCUAAUUUUGUUGAUUUAACACCUUGGCAUCGAUUUGGUUUCGCAGCAGCUAAUGCAGCCAUACUUGAAGCAACGGAAGGUUUCUCGGUUAUUCAUAUUGUUGAUUUGAGUUCAACUCAUUGCAUGCAGAUUCCUACAUUAAUCGACGCUAUCGCUAAUCGUCACGAAGUUGCUCCUUUAAUCAAACUCACUGUUUCUGAUCAUGCUAAUAGCAGUGAUCAUGAACUUCCACCUAAACUUGAUCUUUCUUACGAAGAAUUAGGAUCUAAGUUGGUGAAUUUCGCUAGGUCGAGAAAUGUAACAUUGGAAUUCAGAGUAGUUUCUUCUAGUUACACAAAUGGUUUCGCUUCUUUGAUUGAACAUUUGCAAGUUCAACGUUUAGUUUAUUCCGGUGAAGCCUUGGUUAUUAACUGUCACAUGAUGCUUCAUUAUAUUCCAGAUGAAACCCUAUCAGAUUCAAACUCUUAUGUUUAUGAUUCUAUAUCUUCUUCUUCUAGUAUAACUUCUGCUACUACUACUACUUCACUAAGAUCGUUGUUUCUUAAGGCGCUUCGAGGUUUAGAUCCAACACUAGUUGUAUUAGUAGAUGAAGAUGUUGAUUUAACUUCAAACAACUUGGUGAAUAGAUUAAGGUCCGCAUUUAACUAUCUAUGGAUACCUUAUGAUACCGUCGAAACUUUCCUGCCGCGCGGAAGUAAACAAAGGCAAUGGUAUGAAGCUGAUAUAUGUUGGAAGAUAGAGAAUGUGAUAGCUCAUGAAGGUGUUCAAAGAGUGGAGAGAGUUGAGCCUAUAGGAAAAUGGGAACAAAGAAUGAGAAAUGCAAAUUUUCAAGGGAUUGGAUUUGGUGAGGAAUGUGUUGGUGAAGUGAAAGCUAUGCUUGAUGAACAUGCUGCUGGAUGGGGAUUGAAGAAAGAAGAUGAGUGUAUUGUGCUUACAUGGAAAGGUCAUAAUGUUGUCUUUGCUUCUGCUUGGUUGAAUGCUUAAUUAGUUCAACAUUUUUUAACCUUUGUAUUAUUCUUUGCAUAAUAAUGUUGUUGUUUUUCUAUUUAGUGUUUGGUUUUUAAUAGCUUUUUGAAAUGGAAUUUUAAGGGUAAAUAAGUAGAUGAAGAUGAUAUGUUUGUGUUUUUAUUGUGUUGUAUGUUUUUAUUUUUUGUUAAUUAGAUUAGAUCUUUUCUUGUUGUGGUGAGAUUGAGAAAUAAGAUUGAGAGAAAUCAAAAUGAGAGAAUAUGAGGAAGAGACAAAGAUUCAAGAGAAGGAAACAAAACUUGUAAGGAACUUUUAUCUUGUAUUCAUAUUUUUGUCUAAGCUGAUUUCACACAAAAUCCACAAUGUAUCUAUUCCCAAAAAUCACACCUAUCUAAUGAAUGUGUAGGGGUGUCUGAUAGUUGUAUAACACUCAUACAAUAAGUGUUUUUUUUUUUUCAUAUUAAUGUCUUAAAAAUGUUUUUUUCUUUGAUUAGAUAUUUCUUGAACAAUUCAAAUAAUUUUAUUUUUAUUUUUAUUUUGUUGUCUUAAAAGACUUUAUAUAGGUUUUUUUAUAUGACUUGUGGCCUAGUCUUUUUUAGCUAAAUAGGCUUAUAAGUUU